AUGGGCUCCCAUCAAAGCUACGGUCCUCUCACCAAGAUGGACACUCAGCGCAUGUGGCUUGAGCUCCAACACGAGUCCUCCCCCCUCGAACAAAUUGCGAUCUCGAUCGAGAACCUCGAAUCGGAAAUCAGCACUCUGAAGGCUCAAAACACCAUCACCGCACAAAGCAAGGUCAUGAGCUCGGAAGACCUCGAGGCAGCGGAGCUCCUUGUGCGAAAGCCACUCAAGAACGCGUCCUCCGAGACUCUGGACACUGCCAAGGUUCUUCUCCGCUCCGGCCGCGACAAGAGCGCUUUGCAGAAGCGGAUCAGACUGCUCGGGCUGCUGAAUCAAGAAUUAAGAUGCAGGCAGGGGAAAUUGUCCACUGCUGUGCAUUCGUAUCAGGCGCGGUUCUGGCAGAAGCGAAUUGAGGAAACGGAGGAGCAGUUGAAGAACUUAAGGAACGCGUUGUGGUUCUUGGAAGAGGGCGGUGGGGAGAAGAAGUAG